AUGUCCGAUGACCUUCCCACCGAUGUCGUCACCAACAUCCUCCUCCGCCUCCCGGUGGCCGCAAUUCUGCGCUGCCGCGCCGUCUGCAAGCCCUGGCGGGCCCUGAUCGACACCCCAAGGUUCACGAAGCUCCAACUCGACUACACAGCUGCCACCACCAAAAACGCCGUCCUCUUCGUCCUCGAGGACGACGGCGACGACAACGGCGACCUCCGCUCCGCCGCGUACGUCAACGGCCUCCGCCGCGAAGCCCGUAUCAAUAUCCAAACCGCCCAAGUCGGCGACGCAAUUUCACGCCAGGGCGUAACCCUAUUCGGGUCGUGCGACGGGUUGCUCUGCCUCGGCUACGACAGCGGGAAGGUGCUCAUAAUCAAUCCGGCCACGAGGAAGUCGCACUCCACGAUGGUUCGUGUAACCAUUUCCCCGUAUGAUUUCAGCGCCGGCGGUGCGCAUUGGUCUUACCGCGACGGUUGCGGGUUCGGGUAUGAUUCUGUCUCCGACGACUAUAAGCUGGUAGGAGCGAACGAUCCGGAGAACAGCAACGUGAUUGUGGGUUUCGAUUUAGGGCACAGUGUAUGCAAGGAGAUCCCACAGCCAAAGUACACCAACAGGCGAUCGUUCAGCAUGAGAGUUGGUGAGCUUGGGAAGUGUUUGUGCAUAUUUGCUAAUUAUUGGGGGAGGGUGGUUGAUGUGUGGAUGAUGAAAGAUUAUGGAGUGAAGGAGUCAUGGAGCAUUCUGUUUUCGGUUCCACAUCCCGGGCUGUCACACGAUUAUGGAAUUCGAUCUCUCGGAUUCUCCAUAACGGGCCACGAUGUUCUUGUGCAGCUGGACGGCAGAAGGCUUGUUUGGUACGACCUGAAGAAUUCCCAGAGGGGUGCUGGUGCUGCCCAGAAGGUCACCGUCAAUGGAUUGAGGACGGAGUGCAUGGAUGCCGUUGUUUGCUUUGGAAGCCUUGUUCCUCCUGAUGGGAAGUUGCCACCCAAAGAAGUGAAAGUUGAGAAGCAAUAUCAGAAACCAAGACCCCAAAGGAAGAAGAGAGAUGAUUUCUUGGCUACUGGGUUCAAGCUGAAGCUUUAGUACUCCUCCACUAAGAUGCAUAUUAUGACAUAUAGAAUAGAGUAGUAGUAGUAGAAGAAGAAGUCAGCUGGUUGGAUGAUGCAUUGGAGGCUUGGAGCAGUGAUGGACUGAUGAUGGGUAAUAAGUGGUUGUUUUCAGCUUGUUCCCCACUCUCCAUCAUGAACCUAUUUUGGCCAUUUUGUAAAUGCUGUGUGUGGGGAACUUAGGAAAGGGCUUCCCUGUUUUUGGCAACUUUUGGAAGCUCCAAAUAGCAUCAGAAGGAUUGUCACUAAGUACUGGUGCAAGUAGUUAGUAUGUAAUGAACGUUGUAGUUUCUAAGCAACUGAUAUCAACCUUCCUUGCUUCAUUUUGAGUACCAUGCCUGAUCAAUGCUGUGGUGGAAACCUGUUUCGGCUUAUCUGCUUCGUUCAUUGCUUCUGAUUUGUGAAUGAUUCGUUUCCUUUCUCAUUGAUAAUGGUUUGUUCGCG